UGUGGCAUGUCUGCGACGUGGAUUGUUUGGUUCUUGGACUUCGUUGGUGCUUUAGGUUUUGUUUGUUUUUAAUGUGAAUUUUGGAACGAAUUAGGGAUUUUCGUUGGAUGUUCUUUUGCGGAUAGCGGGGAAAUAAUAAAUAAAAGUUAAGAUGGGUCGUUCAGGAUUCCUUCGAAUGUCUCUUGAUAAGCAAGACACUUUGCUGAAGAUGAUGGUACUGGCAGUAUGUUGUAUUUUAUCAUUUUCUGUUAGACUGUUCUCUGUUCUUCGUUUUGAGUCUGUUAUUCACGAAUUUGAUCCGUACUUCAACUAUCGAACAACAAGGUAUUUGACAGAAGAAGGUUUCUACAAGUUCCAUAACUGGUUUGACGAUACGGCCUGGUAUCCUCUUGGAAGGAUUAUCGGUGGAACCAUAUAUCCUGGUCUUAUGGUGACAUCAGCUGCCCUUUAUCACGCUCUGAAUUUCUUCCAUAUCACGAUUGAUAUCAGAAACGUAUGUGUGUUUCUGGCACCUCUCUUCUCAUCCUUCACCACCAUAGUAACUUACCAUCUUACGAAGGAGCUUGCAAACCCAGGGGCUGGUUUGGCCGCAGCUGCUUUUGUCUCGGUAGUUCCGGGUUAUAUCUCAAGAUCUGUAGCAGGUUCUUAUGAUAAUGAAGGAAUUGCUAUAUUCUGUAUGUUGUUCACUUAUUUCCUCUGGAUAAAAGCAGUUAAGACUGGAAGCGUGUUCUGGGGAAUCUUGUGCUCUCUUGCAUAUUUUUACAUGGUAUCGUCGUGGGGAGGCUACGUUUUUCUGAUCAACUUGAUUCCAAUCCAUGUGUUGGUUUGUAUAAUAACUGGAAGGUUUUCUCAUCGAAUGUAUGUUGCUUAUACAACUGUGUAUUGUGUCGGAACUAUUCUGUCAAUGCAAAUCUCAUUCGUAGGGUUUAUGCCCGUACAAACAUCUGAACACAUGGGGGCAUUGGGAGUCUUUGGAUUAUGUCAGAUCGUAGCAUUCGUAACGUAUGUCCGCAGCAGGCUUUCAACAGCACAAUUUGAAGUCUUAUGGCGAUUCAUGGUUUAUUUGAUCGGUACUGUUGUAGCUGGCAUUGUUGCUUUCUUGACAUUGGCAGGCAAAGUUGCUCCCUGGACCGGCAGGUUCUACUCCCUCCUGGAUCCAAGUUACGCGAAGAAUAAUAUUCCAAUCAUUGCAUCAGUCUCUGAACAUCAACCGACAGCCUGGUCUUCCUUCUACUUUGAUUUACAAUUGCUGGUAUUUUUCUUCCCCGUUGGAUUGUACGUUUGCUUCAAGAAAUUGACAGAUCACAAUAUUUUCAUCAUCAUGUAUGGAAUAACAAGCAUGUACUUUGCUGCUGUCAUGGUCCGUCUUAUGUUAGUUCUGGCACCAGUGAUGUGUAUUCUUGCUGGUAUUGGAGCCAAUCAUAUUUUAUGUGCCUACAUGAAAAAUCUUGAUUCUGUGCAAGCAAAGGAGAAGAAAGCUAAGAAGCCAGAUUCUACUUAUCCUAUCAAGAAUGAGAUUGCAACUGGCGUAGUCUUCAUGAUGACAUUAUUCCUAUCAAUGUACGCAUUGCACUCGGUGUGGGUGACAUCUGAAGCCUACUCUUCCCCGUCUAUUGUACUUUCUGCAAAAGGUCACGACGGGGGUCGUGUGAUAUUUGAUGACUUCCGGGAAGCUUAUUACUGGCUGAGACAUAACACUCCUGAGGAUGCAAAAGUGAUGUCAUGGUGGGAUUAUGGAUACCAGAUAACAGCGAUGGCGAACCGGACAAUUCUUGUUGAUAAUAACACAUGGAAUAACACACAUAUAUCAAGAGUAGGACAGGCUAUGGCAUCCACAGAGGAACAUGCCUAUGAAAUCAUGAGAGAGUUGGAUGUGAAUUACGUGCUGGUUAUAUUUGGUGGAUUGACUGGAUACUCUUCUGAUGAUAUCAAUAAAUUCUUGUGGAUGGUUCGUAUCGGGGGUUCAACAGAUCGUGGGGCUCACAUAAAGGAAUCUGAUUACUACACUCCUACAGGUGAAUUCCGUGUUGAUUCUGAAGGAUCUCCUACUCUCCUCAACUGCUUGAUGUACAAGAUGUGUUAUUACAGAUUUGGACAAGUCUAUACAGAGCAGAGCAAACCAACUGGUUACGACAGGGUGAGAAAUGCAGAGAUUGGUAACAAGGAUUUUGAACUUGACGUUUUAGAAGAAGCAUAUACAACAGAACAUUGGAUUGUCAGAAUAUAUAAGGUUAAAGAUCUUGAAAAUAGAGGCAACAGUAGAACAUAAUACGGUCACAUGAGGCAGCACUUUUUUGAAGCAUGAAUAACGAAUCAAAUUUCUUCCAACUGAGAAAAACAUUUAAUUUCAAACAUAAAAGAUUAGUUUACAUUUCUAUAUUACGGCAAGAGUGUUUUUGAGCACAUACAGCAGCAUGUAUGUAAUAUGAUUCGGAAUUAUUUUUUAAGAUAUGCAUGCUUUGAUUGGGGGAUAAAAUGUUUUUUGAUUUUUAUAUUCAAGUGAAGAAAUGAUUAUCAAUUGAAGCGACUAUUUUUUUUUUCUGGUGCCUUUUUUCCUAACCCCAUUCCCCAUCAGACCUAAUAACUAAUUAUAUAAUUUGAUGUGAAAAGUUGGACAAUUUUUUGCAUAUACAUUCGAUGUCAUCUCAACAAAAUAUUCAUUACCUAGAUAAUUUAUUUUAUCUUGUUAAGAAAAAUUAUAACACACUUGUCAGAAAUAAGCAAAGUUGCCAAAAUUUCAAUCGUUUAAGAAUUUAAAUAGUUUAAAGGAGAGAUAUAAAAGCCCUACUUGAGAAAUCUCCCAUUGUGACAUAGAAUAUAACUGAUAUGUUAUUUGUUUUGUCGAAAGCAUUCCUAAAAAUCAUUUCAGCUCCCUUCAAUUACCAUUUCAUAAAAGUAGCAAAAAAGAUCUGAAGCAAAUUCUGUUAUGGAAGCAACCUUAAAAGUUUCAUUUAUUAUUUUUUAAGUUCAAAGGUCAAUAAUUACCAUUUAUUAUUUAACAGUUUCAACAACCAACAUUUUUUUGCAGUGUUUGAUAUAAGUCCCAGGUAUUUCUGGGUUCAAAUCUUAGGCUUUCUCAAGUCUCGGGAGUGUGACGUCUGAGUUAUGUCUCUCUAACACUGGUAGUUAGUCUUGACUGGGUCUUGGAAUUUUGAAAUUAUUUUUCUCUGGCGUUGAAUUUUUUGUGUUUUCUCUUGUGGGAAAAGAAUCCCUAUAGGACGGUGUCUCUAUAUUUAAUAAUUACUUGAUUAUGUGUAUGCUCGGUUGGAAGUGUUUCAAAUUUAAGAUAUUUUCACACUCUGUUAUAUCUUCUAUGCCGAUGAACUCUACUUUGUGCUGUAUUGUUGAAAAAUUAUGUGAAGGUUUUGCAAAUGUUCCUAAAUAAAAUCAAAGAUUCCUGUUUUCUGUA